AGGUCAGACCCACAACUGCUGGCCCAGUUCUACUAUGCUGAUGAGGAGCUGAACCAGGUGGCUGCAGAGCUGGACAGCCUGGAUGGGCGGAAGGAGCCCCAGAGGUGCACACUGCUUGUCAGCCAGUUCCGCUCCUGUCAGGACAAUGUAUUAAACAUCAUUAAUCAGAUCAUGGAGGAGUGUAUCCCUCAGGACCGUGCCCCUCGGGAUUUCUGCGUCAAGUUUCCAGAGGAGAUCCGGCAUGACAACUUGGCUGGCCAGCUGUGGUUCGGGGCUGAGUGCCUGGCAGCUGGCUCCAUCAUCAUGAAUCGGGAGCUGGAGAGCAUGGCCAUGCGGCCACUGGCCAAGGAGCUGACACGCAGCCUGGAGGACGUGCGGGGCACUCUCCGUGACCAGGCACUCCGAGACCUCAACACUUACACAGAGAAGAUGCGGGAGGCACUGAGGCGCUUUGAUGUCCUGUUUGCUGAGUUUGAACUGAGCUAUGUCUCAGCCAUGGUGCCAGUGAAGUCCCCCAGGGAGUACUAUGUGCAGCAGGAGGUCAUCGUGCUGUUCUGUGAGACAGUGGAGAGAGCCUUGGAUUUUGGGUAUCUGACCCAGGACAUGAUCGACGACUACGAACCCGCCCUCAUGUUCACCAUUCCUCGGCUGGCCAUUGUGUGUGGCCUUGUGGUCUAUGCAGAUGGACCCCUGAACUUGGACCGGAAGGUGGAGGACAUGUCUGAGCUGUUCCGGCCCUUCCACACGUUGCUGCGGAAAAUAAGUCCAGCCAGUGAGAAGGAGGAGGAGGAGAAGAGGAGGAAGAAGAGGAAGAGGAGGAGGAAGAAGAAGAGGAGGAGAAAGGAGGAAGAAGAAGAGGAGGAGGAGAAAGGAGGAGGAGGAGGAAGAAAGGAAAUGAAAGCAAGCAAGAAAAAUAAUGAGAUGGGCAUGGUGGCGCAUGCCUUUAAUCCCAGCACUCGGGAGGCAGAGGCAGGCGGAUUUCUGAGUUUGAGGCCAGCCCGGUCUACAAAGUGAGUUCCAGGACAGCCAGGGCUACACAGAGAAUCCCUGUCUCAAAAAACAAACAAACAAAAAAAGAGGAUACUAUGAACAAUUUUAUGUCGAUCAACUUGACAAUUUGAAUUAAAGAAACAAAUUUUACAAAACGUAAUCAAAGCUGGCAGAAGAAGCAAAAUUUUAUAAUACAGUAUUAGUAAGAUAACUUAAUCUAUGAUUUAAUCCUUCCCACAAAUAAAAUAUCAACAGACUAGAUCAUAUGGAUCAAGAUACAGUUCUCCAGCUUAUGAUCACGAGGCAUUGCAGAAGAAUGGGGCAUUUUUUUUUCUCUAGUAAAUGGGAUGAGCUAAUAGGUAUCCAUGUGAGAAAAUGGUCUCGUUUAUGGAUGUCUCUUGCUGUCAGGAUCACUACUGCAAUCCCAUACAAAAUCAAUUCCAGAUAGAAUAGAGGUAUAAAUGUGAAAAGAGAAACUACUGAGCUUUUGGAGGAAAACAGUUAAGAUCAUCACUGUAACAGUAGAGGAGGCAGCUGUUCCCUAAACAAGACACAGAAGGACCAACUGUUAAAAAGAAAAAGUGUGGUUGGAGCUACAGUGCAGUAAUGAACACUUACCUAGCAUGGGUGAGUCCCUGGGUGCAAUUUUCAGCACCACUUAAAAUGACAUAUUAAGCUUUAUUAUAUUAAAAAUAUCACACUGGUAGACACCUGCAAGAGAGUGAAAUGUGGGCUGAAGACCCGGAGAAUACACCCAUCAAGAUCUUAACUCCCAAACACAAAGAAAAUCAACAAAAAGAAAAGCUAGUAUAAGUUUUGAGUAGCGUGUGUAAGGAUUGGUUAGUGCAAACUGGUGCUCUGCUUCAUUCCAUGAUGCUUGUCUUAGUCAGGGUUUCUAUUCCUGCACAGACAUCAUGACCAAGAAGCAAGUUGGGGAGGAAAGGGUUUAUUUGGCUUACAUUUCCACACUGUCUUCAUCAUCAAAGGAAUUCAGGACUGGAACUCAAGUAGGUCAGGGAGCAGGAGCUGAUGCAGAGGCCAUGGAGGGAUGUUCCUUACUGGCUUGCCUCACCUGGCUUGCUCAGCCUGCUCUCUUAUAGAACCAAGACUACCAGCCCAGAGAUGGCACCACCCACAAGGGGACCUCCCCCCUUGAUCACUAAUUGAGAAAAUGCCCCACAGCUGGAUCUCAUGGAGGCAUUUCCUCAACUGAAGCUCCUUUCUCUGUGAUAACUCCAGCUGUGUCAAGUUGACACAAAACUAGCCAGUACAAUGCUGAAUGAGGUCCCAUUGCGCGUGCACCAGGGGGACAUGUUUGUACUGUCCAGGACAGAGCUGCCGCCCGAGGCCACAGACUCAGCGUGUCCAAGCUGUUAUUGACUGUGUUGUUGGUCUUCAUUGUCAACUUGAUGGGAUUUAGGGUCACCUAAGAUACAUGUUGCUGGGUACGUCUUUCACAGUGUUUCUAGAGAAGACCCACCCCAUAUGUGAGUAGCACUAUACAGCAGGGCUGGGGAUCUCGGCCUGAAUAAAAAGGAAAAGAAGAGAAAGCCAGUAUCUCUGUCUCUGGUUCCUGACUGCACAUGCAUUUUGAGCAUCUAACUCACAUCUCAGCUGCCAUGCUGAACUGUAUCCCCCCAAACCACAAGCCAAAAUAAGCCCACCUGUCCCUUCCCCACAUCAGGCUUUUUUGUCAUAGCAUUGAGAAAAGCAGCCCAUACAGCAACGCUAUGAGCCAGUAAUCUCUUCCUGUGUGGUGGACAUUCACACGAUGCUCUACAGGAGAGGCAUGCAGCAGUGCCAGACUGUGGCAGCCAGAUCUCAUUAGUAGACAGAUCAAUAAGUGGUAUGUUUACAGAACAGAAGACAGUAGCCUUCUGAGUGAAUGAUCUACAACAGUGUGUCUUCCUGCGAGUGAAUCUUUCUUCUUGAGUAUGCCGGUUAGUUUUUUUUAUCAACUUGAUGCAAGCUAGAGUCAUCUGGGAAGAGGGAGCCUCUAUAGAGAAAAUCUUUCUAUCACAUUGGCCUGCAGGCAAAUCUGUGUGGGUUUUUUUUUUUUUUUUUUUUUUGACUGAUGACUGACAUGGGAAGGCUCCGCCCACUGUGAGUGGGGCCACCCCUGGGCAGGUGGUCCUCGGUUAUAUAAGAAAGCAGGCUGAAUCAGCCAUAAGGUGUUCCUCCAUAGCCUCUGGGUCAGCUCCUGCUUCCAAGUAUACCCUUAAUGACAGACUGUAACAUGGAAGUGUAAGCCAGAUAAACCCUAUCCUUCAAGGUUGCUUUAGUCAGGGAGUUUUAUAGCAACAGAAAGCACAAUAAUGCCCUGAGCUUAGCAGAUACAAUGAUUCAGCAACAGAAUGCCCACUUCAAUUUGAGUUUCAGGUAAACAAUGAAUACUUUUAUGUCAGUAUAUUCUAGACACUCACCUACACAUUUAUAUCAGUGGACAGUGUCUGCCACAAGACCCUGUAGGCUGCAGAUUCUCAUUUCUCUAUAUAACGAUGACAGAUAAAAGCAUGUCUGCUUGUGAAGUUAAGAUGGCAGCAACUAGGGAGACUGGAGGCAUGGGAGUAUACUGGGGAUCCUGGUUGAUUACUUUGGGGUAUGGAUACUGUUUGUGAUUGUAUUUGGAUUAGGAAACUCAAGAAGCAUUACAGUUCUUUCCUUGAUAUAAUAUUUUAAUGUAGUCUUUGACAAUUUCAAAAUUGUAUACCAUGUCUUUUGUUUGAUUCAUUUUGGGGGUUGUUUUUAGAAACACACUGAGUGUGCUGCCCAUAUACCAUGGCACAUAGUCAACCUACCAGGGCUUCUUUGUGCAAUCAACAAUAUGGCUUUAUCAUUAAGUUUUAGUGGACAAGCAAAAGCAAUGACGACAGCCUGAAUCCUGAAUCGUCCUGAGGGUCUCUGGGAUCUUCCUGACCAACAGACUAAGGGGAGGAAUCCUGCCUCUGACACUGGAUGCUUUUUAGAAGCCUCACAAUUCUGAGAAAUACAUGGACCUUUCUGCCGGUUCAUAGAUACAUUGGAAUCUUCACUAUGGCAUGCAGACUUCAAGUACAUCCUGGGUGUUCCCUGGUAGAGAACAGCAUGUAGUUGGUCUGUUGGCCCUGCCUUAGGCUCAUCCUGGUCCCUGUCACAAAGGCAGCCUUCAUGCUCAAGGCUCAGCUUCAGUGUCCCUUUCUCUUUUUUAUUUUUUUUCUCUCCUGACCACAGUUGUGCCUCCCUCCUUCCCUCCGAAACCCCCGCCUCCGUGUCCCCUUCUUGAGGAAACCAUCUCAAACUCAGCCAGGGGCCCCACUGCUCUCUCCUUGGCUUGUGUUUCCUUCCUAUCUGUUGUCAUCACUGUGGAAUGUGCGUUGUUUGUACAAAUGCUUAAACCUGCCUCACUCACCUAGAAGCUGCCUCACUUAACCUGGAAAGGCUGGGCCAUGCUUGCCUUCUCCCUGCAAACCCGUUGGUGUCCAGAGUCUGGCAGAAAUAUGGCUGGUUCUUAGUACUAUUUAGUUCUUUUUAAAAAGGUACAAAUUCCUAGGUCAAUAAACUUGUGUAUUGAUUUUAUUCUUUAAAGCA